AUGAGGCUUCCUUUCUCCCUCAGGUGCGGAGAGGGAGCUGCCCUGACUCGGGAGGGCGGGGCAUGUCGGGACGUGGACGAGUGUGUGUGGGCGCCCUGCCUCAACGGCGGCACCUGCGUCAACCGCGUCCCUGGCUACCUCUGCGUGUGUCCCAAGUCACACAUCGGAGAGAACUGCGAGGGGAAGGCCCUCCUGGCGCCCUCGGCCACCCUGCCGGUGGGCGUGGUAGUGGCGCUUGUCGUGUGGGCCGUGCUUGUUCUCGUGAUGCUGGGGGCGGCCUGCGCGGUGUACCGGAGGCGCCGCCGCAAGCGAGUCUCGUCGGGGAACAACGGCGUCGACAUCGCUGUGGAGGAGAUGACCUCCCGCGACGAUCUCCUUGACCCGGCCCACGACCACUCUCACGACCCUGCCAUCGAGGAGGGGCACAGUCAGCCUGCUGAUGUCCUGGAACUUCACGCUGUCAAGCCUGUCAACCAGAAGACGUGGACCAGAAAUGGUAUGGACCACCAGCCUCGCGAGUCUGUCUCCGCCGUCGCCAGCGCCCCUCGGGAGGACAAGCGGGCCUCCCCUGCCGUCGGACGCAAGGCGAAGCGGCGCCAGGACCAGCUGCCCCACGCGCCCGACGACCUCAGGAACUACGCCUACGAGGGCGACGGCAGCUCUCCGGGCUCGCUCUCCUCCUGCUGCUCAGGAGGCGACAGCAGCGGGGACACGGGCUUCCUCGGCGGUUUCCAGGAAGUGGCAACGCUGCUCAAUUGCCUGGGGAGCCAGUCGGCGGCGUCCGAUUCUCCGGCGCGCCACCGCGCCCGCCCUUCUCCUCAGGCCUCGCUGCCCCUCGCCACGCCGAGCGACAGGAAGGUGUCUGCGCACCCGGCCGCCGCAAGCAUCAAGGGGGCGGCUCCCCUCAGCAGCGGGAGUCUGCAGCACCUUCGGGUGGCCUCGGACAAGCUUGGGGUGGAGUUAAGUCUCGAGGCCUCGCCAAAGGAAGGCCCAGGCGUUCAGGACAUGGUCCUGGGCUCGCCCGCAUUUUGUCACCACGGGAGUGAGCCUCACAAAAGCAAUUCCCUGCCCAGGCCGCGGGCCGCCACCCUCGUCAUCAGCAGCAGGAAAGAUGACAACUUGGAGUGCGUCACGCGACGACUUGCCGAGACGUACCAUCACUCUCUCAGGAGAUACAAGAGUGUGGGCUGCAGAACCGAGGCUCCAGGGACCUGCUGCGCGCCUCCUCGGGAGGGCUUCGAAACAGACCCGUCGAUGGCGCCGCUCCGACCCCAGGAUGUGUGUCGAGCGUGCAUCUCCGUUUCGCUCCAGCGCCGAGAGAGAGCAAAGCCAUAUAGUAUCCCUUCCCGGAGCUUAUCUGCCUCGACCGUAUCCUUCCUCGCCGCGACCUCAGCACCCCCUCUCCUCCCUUCGCCCCCCUCGACAUCCCGGAAUAAUCAGUUCGUCCAGGCCCUUCCCCGUGCACAGGCGCGACAGGCCUGCACGGGACUUACAUGUGCCGCUUCGCAGGAGUGUGGCUGCGGCCGCGCCCGAACACCCUCCGAGGUAGGCGCCACAGGGCGCCCCUCCGCCGGCAAGAUCCUGGCCGCCGGCAGGACAUAGCACCAGCAAGGCCGCCCGGGGCCGCUGGGUGUGUGAGGUGCCUGUGCCUAAUGUUGAAUGCAAGUGUUUUGUACUGUAAAAGCGUCUCCAAGACUCGAACUCUGCCUUUCACCUUCGGCGUGUGUCAGUCGUAAAAGUGUUUCAUACUGAAUUCAUCUUCACCUGCACCAUAAUGUCUAGCCAUGAUUUUUACUUUUGUAAAUC